GGCGCGCAUGCGUGUCGGUCCUGGCUGCGGACGGUUGCAGCGGCGCGGCCUGUCGCUGGGAUUUGAACGAGGAAGGGGAGGCCCCAGCAGCUGUGGCGCUGUAUCCCGCUAUAAUGUCUCGCAGGGGAGGUAGCAGGUUCGCUAAUCGCAGGCCAGGGUCAGGAUUUCAACCUCGGUCAACAGAGCCGCCUGUACCUGCUGGUUUAAUUAAAACGGCCAGAAGGAGUGGACAGCUGAACCUUUCCAACAGAGAGUUGAGCGAGGUACCCCAGAGUGUAUGGCGAAUAAACGUGGACCCCCCGGAGGAAUCCCAUUUGAAUGUCUCCUUUAGUGCAAAUGACCGAUGGUGGGAUCAGACAGACUUAACAAAACUUAUACUGGCAUCUAACAAACUGAAGUGCUUAUCGGAGGAUCUUCAGCUCCUGCCAGCCCUCACAGUGCUUGAUGUCCAUGAUAAUCAGCUGAGUUCCCUUCCUUGUGCAAUUGGGCAGCUGCUGAAUCUCCAGAAGCUCAAUAUCAGUCACAAUAAACUAAAGGAGUUGCCGGAUGAGCUCUGGAAUUUAAGGAGUUUGAAAAGUCUGCACCUUCAUCACAAUGAGUUGGAACGGAUUCCAGAGGGCAUUGGUCAACUUGUCCAUUUGGAAGAGCUGGACGUGUCCAACAAUCAACUUUUAACAGUUCCAAGCACCCUUGGCGAUCUGUCAAACCUACUACGAUUCAGUCUGGCUAACAACAAACUGAAGAGCAUACCCUCAGACAUUAACAAAAUGAAAAGUUUAAAACUGUUGGAUACAACUCACAAUGAACUGGAAUGUGUCCCUCCAGAAUUAGCAAAGAUGGCGUCAUUAGAACAACUUUACUUGAGGCAUAACAGACUCCACCACCUACCAGAAUUUCCAUCCUGUAAAUAUCUCAAGGAAUUACAUGUUGGAAAUAACCAGAUUGAAUAUUUGAACUCAGCGCACCUGAAAAAUUUAAGUGCCAUCUCCGUACUGGAGCUCCGCGACAACAAAUUGAAAUCCCUGCCGGAUGAAAUUAUUUUGCUUCAAGAUCUAGAACGACUUGACCUCACCAAUAAUGACAUUAGCAGUUUGCCUUAUGCACUAGGAAAUCUUCCAAAGUUGAAAUCUCUGUUGCUGGAAGGAAAUCCACUGCGUAGCAUUCGCAGGGAUAUUAUUAAUAGAGGAACUCAAGAACUUCUCAAGUACUUAAGAAGUAGAAUACAAGAACACCCAACUGGCCAAGAUGACAGUUGUUCAGCAACGGCUAUGACCCUUCCAAGUGAAUCUAUGAUCAAUAUGUACACCAUGGGAACACAGAAAGUGCUAGAAUACAGUGACAGGAAAGCCAUUGUUGUUCCUGAUGAAGUAUUUGAUGCCCCUGAUAGAACUCCCAUCACUACUGUGAACUUGAGUAAGAACUUGCUCACUGGAGUCCCUUCUAGGAUUUCAGAACUUAAGGCCACAGUCACUGACGUAAAUCUUGGUUUCAACAAGCUUAGUUCUGUUUCCUUAGAGCUUUGCACACUGGAACACCUGAUUCAUCUGGAUCUUAGAAAUAAUAGUUUGACUUCAUUGCCAAUGGAAAUAAGAAGACUACAGCGAUUGCAAACUGUAAUCCUUUCUUUUAACAGGUUUAGAGAGUUCCCUAAUACCUUAUGCCAUAUCCCAACACUGGAAACUAUUCUUAUCAGUAAUAAUCAGGUGGGAUCAAUUGAUGCAUUCCAACUGAUGCAGCUUGACAAAUUGACCACAUUGGAUAUGCAGAACAAUGACUUAAUGCAGGUCCCACCAGAGCUGGGGAGUUGCGUAAACCUAAGAACUCUCCUACUUGAAGGAAACCCAUUUCGUAAUCCAAGGGCAGCUAUUUUGGCCAGAGGAACAACUGCAGUCUUGGAAUAUCUUAGAAACCGCAUUCCUACAUAAAUCCUAUAUUCCUACAUACAUAAGAGGAUUACUCUUCUGAAGACAUGGAAACUGUUUACAGCUUAAAUCAGGACAAAGCAUUUCGGAGGCUUUGGAAGGAAACUUAGUUUGUGCCAUUAAAUUAAAAUAAUUCUGUGUUUUCUAGACUACUUCUAUGUUUACAAAUUUAAAGCUGACUUAAUUGCCUGAUUUCAGUGCGGGUAAAUAUAAUGUACAUGAUUUAAUUAAAUAAGAAAUUAUUAUCUGGGCAUUAACUUUCAUUGGACAUGGUAAAGGCCCUCAACACUUUUACACUGCUUGCCAAAAUGGUAAACGUACUUUACUGCAGCAUGAUUGAUCCUUUUAAUGUAGCACAUAACUAAAUGGUUUAUGCCUGAACUGAACUAUUAACUGAACUUUUUUCUGAAACUAUUCUUCUAAUGCUUCUAAUUAUGCUUCUAAUUUUUUUGUACAUUGAACUCUUGGGAGUGUAUUAAGUCACAAUCUUGCACAAAUCUGUGGCUGAUGCUUACCAGUUUUGUUCUUCUAAAUAUUUGUGUGAUUCAGAAUUUUUUCCUGUAUCCUGCCAGUUUCUACUUUACAUUAUUGUUUCAAUCCACAGUAUAAUGCCUUACUAGGUCUACCUUGGGUAGUUAUUCCUUGAAAUAUGUAAACACUCUAUGUUAAUAAAGGAUUUGAGCUGG